AGGAGGAUCGCUCAGCACAGGACUGAAGGAGCCUGAUUUGCACGAUGUGCUGCAAGUGAUGUAAAAGUGCUCAGAGAGACAGAGAGGCCACUUCCCCCGGCUCCCAGGAGAGCACCAUGCCACCCAUCCCUCCUGUGAUCCGCUGAGUGAGGAGAGCAGCUCACAUCCAGGAGACAUGGCUAAGAUCCGGGUGGCUUAUGAGUACUCGGAGGCUGAGGAUAAAAGCAUCAGGCUGGGUCUGUUCCUGAUCAUCUCGGCGGUGGUGUCUCUCUUCAUCCUGGGCUUCUGCUGGCUGAACCCCGCUCUGCAGGACCUGCAGGGCAAGACGGCCAACUGCACGGUGCUGUCAGUGCAACAGAUCGGGGAGACGUUCGAGUGCACUUUUACCUGCGGGAGUGACUGUAAGGGCACGUCACUGUACCCCUGCCUGCAGAUCUAUGUCAAUAACUCGGAGUCCAACUCCAGGGCUCUGCUCCACCAGGACGAGCAACAGCUCAUCAGCAACCCCAAGUGUUCGUACAUACCACCCUGUGAGCGAGAAAACCAGAAGAAUUCAGAAAAUGUUCUUCACUGGCAGGAAUACUGGAAUAAAGAGAUCGGGUUCCAACCUUUCACCUGCUAUUUUAAUCAACACCGAAGACCAGAAGAUGUGCUUUUGAGGCGCACCCACGACGAGAACGUCCUUCUGCACUGCUUCCUUUGGCCGCUAGUUACGUUUAUGGUGGGAGUCCUGAUUGUGGUGCUCACCAUCUGUGCAAGAAGCUUGGCUGUUAAAGCGGAGGCGAUCCAAAAAAGAAAAUACUCAUAGAAAGGAGGAGACAAAACAAUGACCACUUCAGUUCAAACCAAAACCCCAAGUUACCUAUAAUCCUCUUGUUGCCUCUUCAUCACUGUUUUUCUGAACUUGGUUGUUUGAGGAUGAGGGACUGAUGAAGGAAUAUUUUUCUCAGACUUAUUUUUGAACUAUUGGUUCCAGUGGGACUGAUGCCCAGAAUAGUUCAAUGCUGAAUCAAAUAUAUCAGGAAUAAUGUAAUGACUCAUAUUUGGCCAAGUGUAAAGUGAAGCAGUCUUAAAGAAAGUUUCAUUUCACCUUUGCGAUAAAGUAUGUUUUAUUCGGUAUAUAAAACAUCAAUCAAAAGAUUUCAGUUUAUUUUGUAUCAUGUAAUUCUAAAAUAUUAAAGCGUGCUUUUUUAUGUCCUAUGUAUGUAUUUUUAUAGCCAAUUUAUAGAUAUUUUUUAGAUCGUUAUUUAAUUUUGACCUUCGUUGGCUUUUGCAGACAAAGUUUAGAAGACAGUUUUGUAUUGUUAAUGCAAAACAGAAAGCUACCAUUGCUCGUUCUUGGCAUGGCAAUGAUUGCUGUCUCGGAUUAUAUAUUAUACUGUUACUUUUUCUAGAACUGUAGUCUCUUCUACCAGUGCUCAAUGCAAUAGUCCAUAAUUGGGAAUUACCAAUCAUGUUCUAAUAGGGAAAUCAAUAAAACCAAUUCUGUUGGUUGAAAUUUGCAAAAGCAAAACCACGAAUGAGAGCAUUUAUUGCAAUGACCAAUAAGCAUUUUUCAUUUGGGAAUUUGGAAACCUUAAAUAGGAAUUAAUGUAAAGUUAUUCUUUGAAAGAUGGCAUGAAUUAAUCUCUGGAAUGAACACAGAAGGAUAAGGGCUGCACCGAGGAGAGAUACGAUAGUCUAUGUUGGAGAGUCCAAGAGUUCACACCAAAAGGUGCCUUUAGGAUAAGUUCUUGGAUCUUGGGAGUGGUAUCCUAGGUCAGUCUCUCCAGUGGUUGAUCAUAUGAAAUGAAACAAAAAAAGAGGCCUAAUAGUGCAGUGUGUAACAUGUGAAGUGGUUAUGGUAAAAAAGAGAAAAAUUCCACUCAUGUUUAGCAGAGCUAUAACUAGGGGUACAAUCCCCACUUCAGGAUAUAUGAUGUCCUUAGUCUUUGGGUUGUCUGGAGCUCAAAUGACAAUAAUAGAAUGAGGGGCAACAAUAGUGCUCUCAGUAAAAAUAAGAACCAGGUGUAAAAUAAUAUGUAAAAUGUACUUACAUAGUGUUGAGCAGGCUUACUGCUCGAUGGUAUCAGCUCUGGUGGUAUGAUCCCAACCUCAGAUUUCUUUAUAGUGAUAAUAAGAAGCCAGGUUAAAAUAAAUAAGAUAUAAAAGGAAAUUGGCACAAACCAGGUAAAUUUGUCCAAAAAGUAUUCCUUUAAUAAAGUAACAAAUAAGUAUAAAAACAUCCAAAUACGCGUUUCACCGUUGUGGCUUUUUAAAAAAUAUCCCAUUUUUAAAAAGCCACAUCGGUGAAACGUGCUUUCAAUUUUGCAAUAGGGCUGUUAGGCUAUUAGGUCAACAUAUUACAUUUCAAUCACACCUUUUGUAGGGGUUUUACUCGGGUUUAAUCAUUGAUCGUAAAUAUGAACAAUAAAUGUUUUUUCAGAUACUACAAUUCAUGGGACUUUGUGGGUUUUUAUGCUCUCUUAUCACAUACAAACAUUAAUCACAUAUAGAGGUCUGCGAGGCUGUUAUUAAUGUGAUGUAUUGUUCAAACUGAGUAUGAGUUGGUAAUCAACAUAAUUGUAUAACAUA